GUCAAGACCCAGUGUGAAGUACAGCAGACUGUGAAGCUUUGUUCAUCAGGGUGACUGGCGCACUGCGAUGGCUUGGACAACGGCAUCUACACUGGCCGCCGAAAUGAGUGAGAAAUACGCCUACCUGAUGUCUUUACGGGACACGAGGACUCUUGACUGGGGUCUCACAGCAGACCUGAGGUUUAUGCUGCCAGUUUGUCUCGGAUACCUUUUCGUGGUAAAAAUAGCAGGCCCAAAAUGGAUGAUGGACCGAAAGCCGUACAAAUUGAAGACAGCUAUCAUGGUGUACAAUCUGUUCCAGGUGAUUGCAAACGCGUUCUUCUUCGUGCAGUACAUGCGUCUCACGUACGUUGGUGGAAACUACAAUGUGUUUUGCCAAGGGACUGACUACUCACUUGAUGAAAACGCAAUGAGCCUUCUGGAAAUAUCCUGGUGGUAUCUUUUUGUGCGGAUCGUCGACUUCAUGGACACUUUCUUCUUUGUUGCCACCAAGAAGUUUUCACAUAUCACGCACUUGCACGUCAUUCACCAUUUUCUGGUUGUGCUCAACGGUUGGGUGUACUUCAAAUUUGGAGGUGGUGGUCACCUGGUCAUGGUGUUGUGUUGGAACACUCUCGUCCACGUCGUGAUGUACGGCUACUACUUCCUCUCCGCGUUUGGAUCUAGAAUUCAAAAGUACCUGUGGUGGAAGAGGUACCUCACGAGACUGCAGAUCUUCCAGAUCAUCUUCCUCACCGUGCAUGGCUGCAUUCCUCUUGUGUACGACUGUGGAUACCCCAAAUCACUUGUACUGCUUGCUCUUCCACAAUCCCUGGUUGUUCUUGCGCUCUUCAUCAACUUCUACAUUAAGUCGUAUACCAAAACUGGAAAACCUCACCUUUGCAUUUCCCAAAUACAAAAAGAUGAAUAGAGGACAAGUCAGUUAAGCAUAUUGAUCGUUUGUUCGUACUUGCGACCGCGAGGCGAUUGUAUCAAAAGGUACUGCAAUGAAGCUCUGCAAAAAGAAACACAUGUGAACGGGG